GAGACCACCUCCCGGCCGGCUGGAGUGGAUCGUACUCGUACGUCGACCAUGGCCACGCGCCGCAGCAGCACGAGCGGCUCCCACGUCUUCUCCCUCCUCGUCCUCCUCUUCCUCGCCUCCGCCUCCCCCUCCGCCUCCCAACUCGGUGUCCGCCCCAAAGGCCCCGUCGUGGACCUCAAGGCGUCCUGCGCCAAGACGGAUGGCCCGAUCACCUGCAACUCCUUCCUCGGGCCCGAGCCGGACAGCAAGACGGCGGACGCGCGCGGGCUGGCGGAGAUCUCCAUGAGGGUCACCGCCAAGCUCGGCGGCUUGGUGGGGGCCUACGCGCGCCGCGAGCUGGAUCUGGUCAACGACAACCCGACGUGGCAGUGCCUGGACGAGUGCGCCGAGGACAUCGAGGACGCGCUGUCGCACCUGGACGACGCCCUGGGCGGCGUCAACGACGCCCAGUUCGACCAGGUCCGCCAGUACAUCGACCUCUCCGAGCAGGACACCUGGUCCUGCGACGAGACCUGCCGGGACACGCCGCCCAGCCCGGUCAGGACCGAGCUGCUCCGCAAGAACCUCGAAUUCGAGAGGAUGAUGAACGUUACCCGCCAGCUCAUCAAGCUCGCCGACGGGGGCGCCUCGCCGGUGCUGCCGAAACCCGCUAUUCUGCCAUGAGCUAGAUGCAUAAUUCACACUACCGAUACACCAUUCAUGAUGAGCAUAUAUAUAUGUACGCACUCACUUCGAGUGUUACAUAUUAGCUAUAUAUACAUAUAGCUAAUAUAAUUGUACGUAGUACUUGUUUUAUUCUGCAAAAAUGUCUCUUAUCAAUAA